CAGGUGUUCAGGGUCUCAUGGUUCUGGUCUCUCUCUGGCCUGCAGGUCCUCCAGGUUUUCAGGGUUUCAGCCACCUGAGGUACAACCUGUGUAAGUGGUGCGAGGCAACCGGUCCGGUGUGCAGAGACAACGUGUGCUUCAGUAACUGCAGCCUGUCGUCCUUCUGCACCGUCACCGAGGAGAUCUGCAUCGCCGUCUGGAGGAAGAACAACGACAGCAUGACGGUGCACACCAUGUGUCAUAACCCCACCCUGCCUCUAGAGGGCGUGGACCCCGGCCUGCUGCUGAACUUCACCUCCACACAGUGUCACAUGGUCCCACAGCCGGCGGACGACGGAGACAUGAUGGUCUGUGGAUGUGACGGAGAGCAAGAGUGUAACGACAAACUCAUCUUCGACAAGGGAGCCAACGGGUUCUCUAAGCUGCAGAGUAAAGACGUGAUCCCGGUGGUCGUGGUUAGUUUGGUGCCUCCUAUCCUUGUUGCCAUAGUUGCCACGGCAGCCUUCUACUUCUACCGGACUCACCAUCCAGACAAACCGGGUCCUCCUGCUCGCCCGGCCUGGCCCACCAAACACAGCCCAGAGCGCUACCAGGCAUUCGACCUGCACUGUGGGGGUCUGGGGGCUCGGGGAGAGGGCGGAGGAGGAGGUGGUUUGAUUGGUCCUGGAGCCGAGAGGGCGGAAUCUAAUGGCAAGGUGCUGUCUCUCGACGAUGACAUCAUCAGUGACAUGACAGACUGGCAUUGCCGGCUGAAUGAACCACUGCCGAUCAAGCUGGAGGUGCUGGUGGGGAAGGGGCGCUUUGCUGAAGUGUGGAGGGCGUGCCUGCUGCAGGGCAAGAAGGGCGGAGUUAACAGCUACGAAACGGUGGCGGUGAAGGUGUUUCCAGCGGUGGAGUACGCCUCGUGGAGAAACGAGUGCUCCAUCUUUUCUGACCCCAAGCUGGAACACGACAACGUGGUUCGAUUCCUCGCCGCCGAAGGGAGGGGCCUGCCCGGCCACGCCCUCAGAAAGUACUGGCUGGUUUUGGCCUAUCACAGCCUCGGGAACCUGCAGGACUUCCUCACAGCGAACACACUGAGCUGGGAGGAGCUUGUUGCCAUGGCUACCAGCAUUGCCAGAGGGUUAGCUCAUUUGCAUAGCGACACGACACCCAGUGGGAUACCAAAGGUGCCGGUGGCCCAUCGGGACCUGAAGAGCAGUAACAUUGUGGUAAAGAGCAGGAAGGAAUGCGCCCUGUGUGACUUUGGUCUAGCCUUGAGACUGGACCUCUCCCUCACCGUCGAUGACUAUGCCAACAGUGGACAGGUGGGGACAGCUCGCUACAUGGCUCCUGAGGUACUUGAGUCCAGAGUGAACCUGGAGGACCUUGAGGCCUUUAAACAGAUGGAUGUUUACUCCAUGGCUCUGGUCCACUGGGAGAUGGCCUCCCGCUGCCAUGCCAUCGGAGAAGUGAAGAGCUACGAGCCGGCGUUUGGCUCUCAGGUGUGUGAGCAGCCUUGUGUGGACAGCAUGAGAGACCUGGUGCUGAGGGACCGAGGACGGCCGCACAUCCCGUCAGCAUGGACGCAGCACCAGGGGAUGGGGGUCUUCUGCUCCACCGUCACUGAGUGCUGGGAUCACGACCCUGAGGCCCGACUGACGGCUCACUGCGUGGUGGAGCGCUUCAAUGUGCUGCAGCAGGAACAGGAGGAGGAGGAGGAAGAGGAGGAACCGAUGCGAGACGGAGACAGAGAAAAGGACUCAGAGACACCAGAUAAUAACCAGAGUCCCUCUCAGUCUUCCUCCCCUCCCCCCCUCCAGACUCCCCAGCCAGACUCAAAGACAGGUGGCUCGGAGGUUUCCCAUGAUUCCCUGCUUCACACUAGCUCUGCGGUGUGAGUGGUGGACCUUCCCACGCUAUGAGCUCUCCAUCCUCCUGCUACUGGCUGCGUUUACACUGUGAUCUGUUGUUUUAACACCAGCUGUUACUGUAACUGCAGCAGCUGAUAGUGAAGAGACUGAUACGUGGCUAAAAAUGUCCUUAAUCAACAACAGGAAGGCUGGGAAGAUGAAGGCUAAUGCUAACAUGUAAUAGGAACAGGAAGGAUCAUGCUAACAGGUGAUGGGAACAGGAAGGCUAAUGCUAACAGGUGAUCAACAGAUGAUGGGAAUAGGAAGGCUAAUGCUAACAGGUAACAGGAAGGCUAAUGCGAACAGGUGAUGGGAACAGUAAGGAUCAUGCUAACAGGUUAUCAACGGGUGAUGGGAACAGGAAGGCUAAUGCUAACAGGUAAUAGGAACAGGAAGGCUAAUGCUAACAGGUAAUAGGAACAGGAAGGCUAAUGCUAACAGCUAAUAGGAACAGGAAGGCUAAUGCUAACAGGUAAUAUGAACAGGAAGGAUCAUGCUAACAGGUGAUAGGAACAGGAAGGAUCAUGCUAACAGGUAAUAGGAACAGGAAGGAUCAUGCUAACAGGUGAUAGGAACAGGAAGGAUAAUGCUAGCAGGUGAUAGGAACAGGAAGGAUCAUGCUAACAGGUAAUAGGAACAGGAAGGAUCAUGCUAACAGGUAAUAGGAACAGGAAGGAUCAUGCUAACAGGUGAUAGGAACAGGAAGGAUCAUGCUAACAGGUAAUAGGAACAGGAAGGAUCAUGCUAACAGGUAAUAGGAACAGGAAGGAUCAUGCUAACAGAAAAUAGGAACAGGAAGGAUCAUGCUAACAGGUGAUCAACAGGUGAUGUCACCUCUGAGGAGUUCAGUCACAGUUCUGCUGGCAGAGAUACAAACUGUUUAGUUGUAUGAACAUGUUUCAUGUUGUGGGAGCUGGUCUCCGUUGUGUUAUAUUCUUUAAUACUGUGAUUAUCUUCUCUAUUAUCUACUCGUAUGAAUAAACAAGAGAGAGUUCUUUCCAAAAACACACAUUAUAUAAAUAAAUCUCCCCAUGUACUUAUUAUUAUAAAUAUUAUUAAUAUGAACACUGAAGGAUCCAGAGAGUAAAUAAAUAGAGAAAACCACUAAAGGAAAGAACCACAGCAUCUCUACACUAUGUUGUUUGUUUUGUAAUAAAGUUUAUAUGUCA